GACGGGGGGCGGGUGGUGCCCGCCGCUAUAAAGCCCACGGCAGGGGCCGGGCUGGCGGCCGCAGCCGCCGCGGGUCUGGGGGCACCGCCCCGCCCCGCCGGCGCGGCCCAGGGGGGCUGUACUCACCCACACGUAUGGGCACAGCGCAGGUUCUAAAGGUUUUUAUUAAUGUGAAUUUAUCUCAUAAGCAAACAACAAAGAAGAAUAAUGAAGGAUUGUUUUGUAAAUUCCACAGAAAAGGACCUCUCCCAUGCUGAAUCUGCAAGCAAGGGAUAUGAAAACCCUUCUUUCCAACAUGAUGAAAAUCUUGAAGAAAGUGACCAGUUAAAGCCCAAGAAAAAAAAGAAGGAAAACGAGAAGCCAGAGAAACAGGUGGUUGGCAUUUUUGAAUUGUUUCGCUAUGCUGAUUGGGUGGAUGUCCUUUUGAUGGUAGUUGGUUUGAUCGCAGCUGUUGCAAAUGGUACUGCAUUGCCACUCAUGAUCAUUGUGUUUGGAGAGAUGACGAACAGCUUUGUGCUAAGCGGCGUGAAAUUGAAUGAAUCAGAAGGUACUUCAGUAAAUAGUUCCAGCCAUCCAUCAAUUCCAGGCAUAGAUAUAGAAGGUGAAAUGACAAAGUUUGCUUACUACUAUGUGGGAAUUGGCUGUGCUGUGUUGAUCCUGAGCACCAUCCAAGUAUGGACAUUUUUGAUUGCUGCUACAAGGCAGACAGCAAGGAUCCGGCAGAAGUUCUUUUUUGCAGUGCUCCAUCAGGAGAUGGCUUGGUUUGAUACUACCCAGAUAGGAACGCUGAACACCAGACUGACAGAUGACAUCAACACCAUCCACGAAGGCAUCGGAGACAAGAUCUGUAUAUUUGUACAGUUUUUUGCCACAUUUAUGGCAGGGAUUAUUAUAGGAUUCAUCCACGGGUGGAAGCUGACACUGGUGAUUUUGUCAGUCAGCCCUCUGCUUGCUGCAUCAGCAGCAGUUUGGUCAACUCUCCUGGCAUCUCUUACUGCUAAAGAGCUCUCUGCUUAUGCCAAAGCAGGAGCUGUGGCAGAAGAAAUUUUGACAGCAAUCAGGACUGUUGUGGCUUUCAAUGGACAGCAGAAAGCAUUAGCAAAAUAUGAUGCUAACUUAGAGAUGGCUAGAAGUGUUGGAGUGAAAAAAUCCAUUACCACCAACACAUCUCUAGGUGUUUCAGAGUUUCUUAUCUUUGGAUCCUAUGCACUUGCAUUUUGGUAUGGAACGAAGCUGACUGCUGAGGAGCAAAAUUAUGAUAUUGGCAUUGUAUUAAUUGUCUUCUUCUCUGUGCUUGUCGGAGCCUUCUCCCUGGGCCAGGCAGCUCCCAACCUCGAGAGUAUGGCUAAUGCAUGUGGGGCUGCUUAUGAAGUAUAUCAGAUUAUCAAUAAGAAACGGCUAAUAGAUAGCAGUUCUAAGGAAGGCUACAAACCAGACAAGCUCAUAGGAGAAAUUGAGUUCAGAAACAUCCAUUUCAAUUACCCAUCCAGACCUGAUGUUAAAAUCCUCAAAGGUCUAAACUUGAAAGUUGAAGCUGGGAAGACCAUUGCUUUAGUUGGUGCUAGUGGCUGUGGAAAAAGCACUACAGUUCAGUUGCUGCAGAGAUUCUAUGAUCCUGUCCAGGGAGAAAUUACCUUAGAUGGUCAGGAUAUUCGGAUGCUUAAUGUAAAGUGGCUAAGAGAAAAUAUUGGUAUUGUGAGCCAGGAGCCUGUUUUGUUUGCGACAACAAUAGCAGAGAACAUUCGCUACGGUCGAGAAGAUAUUUCUGAUGCUGAAAUUGAACAAGCAGCCAAGCAAGCCAAUGCUUUUGACUUCAUAUCUAGAUUGCCUGACAAAUUUAACACAAUUGUCGGGGAAAGAGGGGCUCAGCUGAGUGGAGGACAGAAGCAGCGAAUAGCUAUUGCCCGUGCCCUGGCAAGAAAUCCCAAGAUUCUUCUUCUGGAUGAAGCCACAUCUGCACUAGAUACUCAGAGUGAAUCCAUAGUGCAAGCAGCUCUUGAUAAGGCUCGGACUGGACGUACCACCAUUGUGAUUGCUCACAGACUGUCUACCAUCAAGACUGCUGACACUAUUGCUGCAUUUGAGAAAGGUGUUGUGGUUGAACAAGGAAAACACAGUGACCUCAUGUUGCAGAAAGGAGUCUACUAUUCUCUUGUAAUGCAGCAGGGUUGUAGCAAUAAUGUUCAAGAUGAUGGGACAUCAGAAGAAAAUGAAGACAUGGGGACUGAGGAAUAUGAGGAAAAUGAUAGAAAUGAUCUUGUGGAAGAGCUGACUCUUCAAGAUAAUUUUGAAGAAUCGGUGGUCUCUGGAAGAGGCAGCAUUAGAAGAAGAUCCAGCAGAUAUAAAAGCAAGAGGUACUCUUCUAAGGAAAGGUCCUCUGGAAAAAAGAAAAAGAAAGAGCUGGAGGAAGAAAAUCUCCCUGCUGUGCCUUACUCAAGAAUCCUGGCUCUGAACAAACCUGAGUGGCUGUAUGUACUGCUGGGAGUGAUUGCUGCUGCCAUCUCAGGUGGGGUCCAUCCUGCAUUCUCUGUUAUAUUUGGAAAAAUAAUUGGGGCUUUUCAAGAAACAGAUCCAGAAAAGAGGAAUAAAAACACAUUGGUGCUUUCUUUAAUGUUUCUUUUACUUGGAGUGAUUACCUUAGCAGCAUACAUAAUCCAAGGAUUCAUGUUUGGGAAGUCUGGGGAGAUACUAACAAUGAGACUGCGCUCUUUGUCCUUCAGAGCAUUACUUCAGCAGGAGGUUGGAUGGUACGAUGAUCAGAAAAAUGCUGUUGGCGUUCUGCUAACUCGGCUUGCCACAGAUGCUUCCCGAGUCAAAGGGGCAACUGGAAGCCGCCUUGGACUGAUGACUAUGACUGUCUUCACCCUUCUAACUGCCAUCAUUAUUGCUUUUGUAUACGGCUGGCAGUUAACUUUGCUUAUCCUGGCCAGCAUUCCUUUCGUUAUUGCUACAAAUGCUGCGAGAAUUAGCUCUGUGACUGGUCAUGCUGCAAAAGAUCAAAAAGCCUUGGAAGAGGCUGGAAGAAUUUCAAUAGAAUCAGUUGAAAACAUAAGAACUGUAGCUUCACUGACCAGGGAAGAUGCAUUUUAUGAAAGAUACGUUACCAGUUUGCACGGUCCAUAUAGAGAUUCUCUGACAAAAGCCCCUUUCUAUGGAUUUACCUAUGGAGUAGCUCAGUGUGCAAACUACUUUAUUAAUGCAGCAGUCUUCAGAUUUGGGGCAUGGCUCAUCGCCCAUAGUCUGACCAACUUCGAAAAUGUAUUUAUAGUCUUCUCUUCCAUCAUAUUCACAGCUAUGAAAGUUGCUCAGUCUGCUUCCCUGGCACCAGAUUAUGGCAAAGCGAGAAUGUCAGCCCAAAGAAUCUUUCAACUUUUAGACAGAAAACCUCUAAUUGACAGUUACAGUGAAGAAGGUGAAAAAUUGAGUAACUUUGAAGGCAACAUUGAAUUCAGAAACAUCCAUUUUGUAUAUCCAACAAGGCCAGGAUUUCAAGUUUUGCAAGGACUCAACGUGAAGGUCAACAAAGGACAAACUCUGGCGUUAGUAGGAAGCAGUGGCUGUGGCAAAAGCACAUCUAUUCAGCUCUUGGAGAGAUUUUAUGACCCUGUGGAAGGACAAGUGGUAAAAGUAGCAGAUGGAUUGGAUACCAAAUCUUUGCAUUUACAAUGGCUGAGGUCCAAACUGGGCCUGGUGUCACAGGAGCCCAUUUUGUUUGACUGCAGCAUUGCUGAAAAUAUUCAAUAUGGAGACAACAGUAGGGUGGUCAGUCAGGAGGAAAUUGAAGAAGCAGCUAAAGCAGCAAAUAUUCAUAACUUCAUUGAAAAGCUGCCAGAGAAAUAUAAUACCCGGGUGGGUGAGAAAGGAACACAACUUUCUGGAGGUCAAAAACAAAGAAUAGCAAUUGCCCGUGCUCUGGUUCGUAAUCCUGCCAUUCUGCUUCUGGAUGAAGCUACCUCUGCUCUUGACACAGAAAGUGAAAAGACCAAGUCACCUUCCCACCUGGAUACACCCAUUGAGCGUGCAGAUUGGCUGUGCUCCAAUUAAAAGUAGACCUAAACUGAGAGUCAAAUGUACAUCAAAAGCACUUUUUCAGCACCAAACCCUAGACUGAGAUAGAGAUCAAAAGAAUUAGCCCUGACAGAAACUUAACUUAAGGACGCAACUUAAAAGCAGAGUUGGCCCAUUGCUCUCCGUCCCACCUCUGUUACCAUCUACCCCAGGUGCCAGCAUUAAAAAAAAGACUUCCCUUAUCCCAGCCCAAGCAGGGACUAGUGUUCUCCAAACAUGCCCAUAAUAUGGUGAGACACUGCUGGUGUCACUUGGGACGUCACCCCUAAGAUGACUGCCAUGAGGACAGUGAUGAAGGAAACACAUCAGCCCAUACUUGUCAAGGAACACCAAAGGCCUUGUUGUGACUAGACGAGAACCAGUCAGCCCAUACACUUGCUUUAUGCCAGCGCUGAUCUAAGCCUCCCAGGGAAUUACUAAGGUAUGAUGUCCCAAAAAAGAGAGCAAAGACUUCAGAGAAGGCAUUCAUAAGGGAUUCUGGAGAAAGAGUUGAGUGUUUCUUAAUUGCUUGACUCCAUUGUAGUAUCAUAUAUAGCUGUUUUUUAUCAUCAUGUGUUUUUUCCCAGAUGUCUACUUUCCUCUGCAGCCUGUAAAAUUUCAAUUUAUAUUCAUCUAAAACCUGUGAAGUAGAAGUUAUUAAACAAUGCUGUUUGUAUGGCAAGACGGAAAGCUUUCAUUAAAACUGUAAUUCACAAACCUUGUACUUUUAGAAAUGAUCUUCAUUUGAAAAGUGGAGUGAAAAGAACAAUUGGAUUUUUGAGGGGGUCAGCUGAAACACUACAUCAGUGUCUCUUUAUUUACUUUUUGCCUGGAUUAGAUUUAUGAGUUUAAAAUUCGGAGAGUUUGCAAAAUUCCGCUAAGCAAUCUGUGGCAGGCAAUCCCUAACCUCUCCUUUCUUGGCUACAAUCAACUCAAGUUGUACCCCUGACUUUUCACUUCUGUGUUUGCAAGUGGGAACGUGUCUGGCUGAGGGGGAGCUCGCAGGGCUGUAGUCAUAGCAUUAGGAAAUUCCUGUCACACUUGGGAGAGGGCCUAUUUAAAUGUUAAUGGUCGCUGAUUUCACCUGAUUAGUAAGGCAAAUGUUAAGAAACUAUGCAGGAUCGUUAAGGUCUGCUCACCUGACAUUGCUGGAGGGUUUGAAGUGAAACUCUUUUGCUGAACUGUGUCCGCUCUAGGAAAAUAGCUAGCCUUUUAACAGUGGUAAAGUAAAAUAAAAUAAAUAAAUAAAGUCAGAUCUUGACCUGCUAGAUCCUACCAUAUACAUAUCAGUAGGACAGCUUAUAACCUAAUGCCCAUGGAGUUUGGAUUUUAAGGGUUACUUUUCUUCUCUGGAUGAGACUUGUUUCUCCCCUUUCAUGAAGCAGCGUGUUGUCACAGCAAUGCUCCAGCCCUGCCUGCAUUUAGGGCCCAUGUGCUGCCUGCGACCGCAGGUCCUCUGCCUAGCGAACUGAUUUUUUCUAAGGAGAAACAACCAAAAGCAGAAGAGUUCAUACAGUUUAUCUGGAGCCACGGUUGUGUCUUGCUGAAGAAAGAAAAAAAGUGAUAGUUGUUUCAAGGUUUUCCCAAGCUCUUCUCUUUGUAAAUGGACCUGGAUUAUACUGAAGAAAUGUGUCCUGAACGUCAUUACAUCUGUAGCCAAACUGUACAUGACCUGGUCAAGACAGUGAGUGGAAGUCAGCACGUUACUUGACCUCUUCCCAUGUAUCCAUACUGCUGUAUGUAGGACAAACCUGAUUUCUGUAAAAUACAUCUUCUCCAUGUCUGAGAUGUUAAGAUGUUUCUAAGACCUUCAGCAUAGUUAGACAAGAAGAGAAAUAGCUAGGCAGGGAGGCCACAAACAGCGUAUAUAUAUUUUCUUCUUGUAAAAUAUACCUGAGGGGCUUGUUUUGUGAAGUCCUAACUCUUAGGUACUUGUAAAGGGCUGGUAGUUUUCUAUGCAAAGAGAGAAGAAUCCAGUUGCCUCGCGAUUGUUUACCAGCCUCCAGCUGCCCUAUAUAUGUCUUACCACAGAUUGCUCAUCACCCUGACAUUUUACAUGGUUAUAGGUCUCCCUGACUAUUCUCUGCCAGUUGCCUGGGCUGCUUUUCCUCUUCAAGCACCUUCCCUAGGACACACAGCACAUCAAAGAUGAUAGGGGAAGUGCCAAAAGCAAUAGUGAUGCAAAAGGAUUACUUUCUAAAAUUAACAAAAAUUUCUCAGCAGAAGACUGAUCAUUGCUUUCAGUAAGUGAAUCAUUUACCUUGGAUUGCUUCCAUCUGCCUCUGUACUGUUCUUUGUCAUCUAGACUGCAGGCAGCUCUUACAUACCCGAGACCCUAGCAGUCAUCUUCUCAUUUAAGCAUUUGUUGCCUACCUGGCUCAUCGGCAGUUAUGUCCAGCACCUAUUUUCUGAAGCAAAGCUUUCCCUCUGGAAAGAACAAUUUGCUGUGCCCUUAGGGAAGCUCACACAUCCACUCGAGUUAUCCCCAGCCUGUCCAAGGACAUCAGUAUCAUAUGGUCCAAAGCAAACUUGCUAACUCUUCCUGUAACUCUCCUGAAGAUGCCAAUCUUUAUUUUACUGAAUGCUUUCACAUUUGUGAAAGAUAUUUUAAAGUUAUGUUAGCUCAACAAAUAGAUUUUGUGGACUUGUUUGAACUGACCAUUAUGUAUUUCCUUGCUCUGCUCUUGCCAUAGGUGUAACAUGCUCAUUUCUUUCUAAUCAUUCUGAAUGUAGUCUGUGACUACUGCCUUCUCCUAUGUAGUCCAAAGCAAAACCAUCUUGCAGUUAAUCACCACUAGAAUAGUUCCUUUUAUUACGGUCCUUGAGAUUUGAAAGAAUGACCUGAAUGUGGCUAUUUUUGUGGAAAUAAUUGUUCAAGUUCACCCCUGGUUGCAAAAAUCUGUCCUCAGUAUUUGACCCACCAUGACAGCAUUCCCAGAGAGCACACAUAGUAUUCUACAAAGAGGGAAAUAAGGGGGAAACAGGCACUUCUGUGGGCCACUUACCACUCAGCUUCAGAUGUUUAGAGCUAAAGCGAUCGAUCGGAUUGCCUUUAAAACACUCUAGAAUAUGACUCAUCUCUUUCCAGAUGUCUGUCUGAGUGUACAAUGAACUACACCAGGGACCUGCCUAUUUCUGACCAUAAAUAUAAAUGGAGAGUCUCAGUCUUCAUUCAGAUUAUACUUUUACAUUAGGUGGAGUUCUCUGAAUGUUUGAUCUUUCUUGAAGACAUUGCUUGGUUACCUUAUUAGUCCUGCAAAUAGUUUUUUGAGGUCCUGACCAGAAAGGCACUGGAGAGCACACCCUUGCAGACAAGGAGUGCUUGAGGGAAGAGGAAGGGCCCCUGCAGGCAGGAGGGCGAAUUUUCUUCAUCUGUGUGUUAGUAGUGCAAGAAGGUUGGAGGGAAGGACUAGCAUUCAGGAAACAUUAAUUAUCUCUCUUGAAUGUGUAAGAUGGAAAAGAAAUUACAGAUUACGGAAGCACCCAAAAUGGCUUAUGAGUGAAUUAGAAGAAUCUGGAUUUUUUUUUUCCCCUCUUGGAUGGCACAUGGGGAAUUUUAAACAAGGAGUUAACAUUUUCAUGGAUAAAAUAAACGGUAUUUCUGACAAUCUCUUUUUUUCUGAAACCACACCAAAAAUGGUAAGUGGAGUUCCCAUUUUCACAUCUGCUAGUCAUAUGAACAUACACCUGGCAAUGUAGCGUGUGUGUUGCUUCAGAGCAAACUCAACCAAACAACUGUCACUUUACACAGCACUGAUGGUCUCAGUUAUAAACCCAGUACGUGUUUUAUUUACAGUAAAUGAAGUGUAUAUCAGCAACACUGAAUAUGAAAAUGAGAUUUUAAUGGGCUACUUUUAUGAGGCUAGAGCAAUGUGAAAAGACAUCUGUAAUGUCAUUUACUUUUUAAUAUUCAGUAAUGUAGUUUUAGUUGGAAUAAAUAUGGUUCCCAAUAAAGGCUCACAUGACUAUUUUCUUCAAUUUCUUAUUUCACAUGUACUUUGAGACCUGGAGCAACUUUUUCCAUGAAUUUAUGCCAAUCCUUUUGGGAAUCUUCCAGUGUUAUGUUUUAAUGUUUUCCUUCUCUCUCUCUCUCUUUUUUUUUUUAAAUAUAUACCUUAGUACCUUGCUAUAAUUAUUUUACACUUAUACAUUUAGUUGCACAGUGUGAUAAUGUAUAUUGAUUCUGAUAAAUUUGUCUGCAUUGACCACCAUUAAAUAAUCUUUGCGUCUA